CGCUUCAUAUACAUUGUGUAACUAUUUGAAAAGUGUUCAAGGUCAUCCACACGUAUACGGCUGACGCGGCGAUGAUUUGGUUUUUGAUUACUUUUCUUACCUUGACUUUCAAGUUGGCUGCCUCUUGCGAUGAAUUUGAUGUUAGAGCAGUCUCGUACUCAGCAAGUGAAGCAGUGUUGUCCACUGAAACCGUUAUUUUGGUUGAAGGUGAAGCUAAAUGUAAAGGGAAGGGAUCUCCAGACCUUUUCGCUGAACUAAAUGGAGUUUUCCAACCAGUUAGUCGUCAUAUUGAAACAGAUAAUUUCCAAGUGACAUUUGUUUUCAACCAUAAAAGUAUCCCGAAAGGAGAUUACAUAGUCCGUUUUUAUAAUGAUAAAGGCGUGACAGCCUUCUUGCGUUCAAUGAAGGGUGGUGUAACUCCUGACGUACAACCAGUCUUCACAGUUAACGUACGACAUAAAGGUAUAUCUUACAAGCCAGUUGUGUACCUCGAAACGGUAGCGUUGUUGACAAUCCUCUUGAUAGCACUUGGAGCUAUUAUCACUAAAAACAAGUCAUUCUAAAUUUAUUUUUAGUUGUGUUGUUAUUUUUAUUGUACAUGUAUAAGGCUGUAAAUUAUUUGUACUUUUUCUUACUUAUUUUGGAAACCGCUUAUAUUUAAUAAAAUAAAAAUCAAGCGGACUUCAAUCUCUA